AUGAUAGAACCUUGGUUCAGCUAUCUCAAAUUAUUCAAUACUGCUUUGGAGAAAUUACCUACCAUAAGUAACAAAGUGUGGCGUGGAAUGUCUAUCACUAUAGCUAACAAUUUGAAAAAAAAUGAAGAUAUUAUUUGGGGAUGUAUAAGUUCGUGCUCAUUUUCGAUUGAUAUAAUUAAGAAUUAUCUUGAUGAAAAGUCUAUACUUUGCUCAAUCGAAGUGAUAAGUGGCAAGCAUAUUCGUGGUUAUACCGGUUAUUUAAAAGAAGAUGAAGUUUUAUUGCUUCCGGGUACUCGUUUACGUGUUAAAAAGAUCGGUUAUGAUUCUUCUAUCCGUCAACAUGUUAUACAUUUGGUAGAAAUCGCUAAUGAAAAUCAUAAGACAUCGGCACCCAUUCAUACUCCUAUAUCUUCAACAAACAAACCAUUUGAAAAUGCUUCAGGUUCGACUGAUUCCACAGAAAAAUUUGUUUCAAAGACAAAAAAAACAGUAAAUCAAGGUCUUUCCGAUAGAGACGAGCCCGAAAGAAAUAAAGUAUUUUCGGUUACUACUUUUACGAACGGCGAUCGUUAUGAAGUAACGUACAAGAAAGGUGAGAAACAAGGUUAUGGUAAAUUCUAUACGAUCAAUGGAAAGAUAUAUGAAGGCGACUAUGCUGACAUCAAAGCAAAAGGGAACGGAGUUCGUAUUUGGUCAAAUGGUGAUCGUUAUGAAGGAGCUUUUACGAACGGUACGAUGGAUGGAUAUGGAAGUUUCUCCUGUGCUAAUGGAUAUGUAUAUGUGGGUAAAUGGAUAGCUGAUGAACCUUAUGGUGAUGGAACGAGUGAUUGGCCGAAUGGGAAUCAUUACCAAGGACACCAUGAAGAAGGCAAAAUCUGUGGUUAUGGUGUAUAUUCCUCUGCGAAUGGAGACAAAUAUGAAGGCAUGUUGGCUGAUGGAAAGGCGCAUGGAAGAGGUUUACGUAUUUGGGCAGAUGGUGAUCGAUAUGAGGGAAAAUUUAAAGAUGAUAAAAAACAUGGAUAUGGUAUUUACAAUUAUGCAAAUGGUGGUGAAUAUAGAGGACAUUGGGCCAAUGAUGAAAUGGAUGGUGCAGGAAUAUUUAAAUGGCCUAGUGGAAAUCAAUAUGACGGAUCAUUCAAAAAUGGAAAAAGACAUGGUAUAGGUAAGUUAACCUUUGCUGAUGGUCGAAUCGAAGAUGGUACUUGGGAAAAUGACAAAUUUAUUGGAACAUUCCAAUGUGGUGAUAAACAUGGCCAUGGUGUUCUUUAUGAUACGAAUGAAACAAUAGAAGCAGGUAUCUGGGUUAAUGAUGGACCAACUAAUCAAGAUUUAAAAACAAUUUCAAAUGGUCAUUUUUAUGAAUGGAAAGAUGAAAAAAGACGAAGAAUCUCAAUAUCAUGUUUAUGA